AUGGCUGCCACUACUGCUUCCUCUGUUGCUUCCGCCAGCUCCUUGGCUGGCCGUCAGUCGCGCCUAGCACCGCCUCAACGGCAGACCGUCGCGCCCUUCCUCUCGUCAAGCGCAUUCUCCCGCGGCCAAUCAGCACUGCGCGCCAAUGCCACGUCAGCAAGGCCCGCUGGCGUGGAGGGGCCGUCUCUCCGCCACGUGGCACCACAAGCUGCGUUGGUGAAGGGAAAGAGCUACGGCGUGCACAAGGUGAAGGGGUCAGAGCGGCCAGUGAUGGAGGACAGGGUGGCGGCGGUUGUGGAGGGGGAGAAGCGCCCGUCCUUCUUUGCCGUGUUUGACGGCCAUGGGGGUGCUGCUGUCGCCGAGUUCCUGGAGAAGGAGCUGUGGCCCGCAUACAAGAAAGCCAUUGAGACCGCGCUGAGCAAGGGCACGAGCCUGGAGAGGGCGACCCUGCGCGCAUAUGAGGAGGUGGACAAGCGCACUCUGGCACCCCCCAAGGGGUUCUUUGGAAUGAUGAUGGAGCGUGGCAUGGGCGGCCCCAAGUGCGGCGCCUGCGCCAACACGGCUGUCAUUCUGCCCCAGCCAGACGGCUCAUACCAGCUGGUAGCAGCCAACGUGGGUGACUCGCACACGUACCUGUCCCGGGCAGGCGAGCCCAUCAAGCUGAGCGAGGACCACAAGCCCAACAUAGAGGCGGAGCGCAUGAGGAUCGAGCGCAAGAACCCCACCCCCGGACAACCACUGGUGCGCAUGGCGGGCGGCGAGUGGCGGGUGGGAGGGCUGCUGGCGCUCUCGCGUGCCUUUGGAGACGUGUACCUCAAGGACUGGAGCGAUGGCACCAGGGACGGCGCGCGCGGUGGCUUUGGGCUCACUGCUGAGCCCUAUGUGACCGUCCUCACCCUCGCCCCUGGCGAUGACUGGCUGAUCAUUGGCUCGGACGGGCUGUGGGACGCGGUGAAGAGCCAAGAGGCCGUUGACCUGUGCCGCAAGCAGGGGUGCGUUGACUCUCUCUUCAUGCUUUCUGUCCUGUCCCCUCCCUCCCUCAUUCUCCCCCCCUCAUUCUCCCUCCCUCAUUCUCCCCCCCUCAUUCUCCCUCCCUCAUUCUCCUUCUCCCUCACCUCAUCUGCUCAUUGCCCUUCCACGCUGCUUCAUAUUGCACAGCUGGACGCAGUGGCAGCAGAGCUGAUAGGCAUGGCACAGAAGAGAGGGUCAACAGAUGACAUCAGUGCCGUGGUGGUGCGCCUUCCCACCGCUGAUGCUGCCCCUGCUGCUGCGCAACAGUAG